CAGCUAGCAGACAUGUCUGAUGUCACUGUUGCCUGGGUUGAUGAACACCAGCUACAGCGUUUAGAUCAAAUGCUGAUUGUUGUUGAUGAAAAUGACAAGGUCAUUGGUGCAGACACCAAGAGGAAUUGUCAUCAAAAUGAAAACAUCGAGAAAGGGCUGCUCCACCGAGCCUUUAGUGUUGUUUUGUUCAACUCAGAGAAGAAGGUUCUGAUUCAGCGCCGAGCAGACACGAAACUUACUUUUCCUGGGCACUUUACUGACUCCUGUUCCAGUCAUCCGCUAAGUAAUCCUGAGGAACUGGAAGAGAAAGAUGCCUUGGGAGUGAGGAGGGCAGCCCUGAGACGUCUGCAGGAUGAGCUGGGCAUCCCCCAGGACCAGGUUUCUCUAGAGGACAUCGUGUUUAUGACGAGAUAUCAUUAUAAGGCAAAAUCAGAUGCAGUCUGGGGAGAACAUGAAGUCUGUUACCUUCUGCUUAUCAAGAAGGAUGUCACUAUCAGCGCAGAUCCCAGUGAAAUUAGCAGCUUCAGCUACCUGACCCUGCAGGAACUGGAAGAUCUCCUAGAAAGAGGGGCCCAGGGUGAAGUAAAAGUCACCCCCUGGCUGAGAAUCAUUGUGGAGAGGUUCCUGAGUGGGUGGUGGCCUUACUUGGACGAAGUGACCCAGUUUGAAGAGCAUGAUAAGAUACACAGAGUGUAAGAAGCAGGAAAUCAGGCCUUGGCUGUGAAAAUGUCCCAGUCAGGAGCUGAGCUCAGAGGCACACCCAUGGCUCUGUUACACUCUUAGUUUCCAGAAAUUCAUAAUCAUUAUCUUUAACUCUA